AUGGCUUCCAGAGAUGAGAGUGCAGAGCGGACAGACAGAGUGCUGAGAAUCAGCCAGUUGGAUGCUCUUGAACUAAACAAGGCCCUGGAGCAGCUCGUUUGGUCCCAGUUUACUCAGUGCUUUCAUGGAUUUAAGCCAGGGCUGUUAGCCCGCUUUGAACCAGAGCUGAAAGCAUUCUUGGGGCUUUUCUUGUGGAGAUUCACCAUCUACUCUAAAAAUGCCACAGUGGGACAGUCAGUGUUGAAUAUUCAGUACCAGAACGAUCUAUCCCCAAAUCUGAGCUACCAGCCACUGAGCAGAAAUCAGAAGCUGUGGUAUGCUCUCUGUACUAUUGGUGGCAAGUGGUUAGAAGAACGAUGCUAUGAUUUGUUUCGGAACCAUCACAUUGCAUCCUUCAGGAAAGCCAAGCAGUGUGUGAAUCUGGUGGUUGGACUUCUGAAGUUAGGCGGGUUGAUUAAUUUCUUGAUCUUCCUCCAAAGGGGCAAGUUUGCAACUUUGACCGAACGUCUGCUGGGCAUCCGUUCUGUCUUUCACAAGCCCCAAAGUGUCCGAGAAGUUGGCUUUGAGUAUAUGAAUAGGGAACUCCUCUGGCACGGCUUUGCGGAGUUUCUGAUUUUUCUCCUCCCCCUUGUCAAUGUCCAGAAGUUGAGAGCCAAGCUGUCUUCAUGGUGUGUCCCGCUGACCGGAGCCCCAGGCAGCAACAGCACGCUGGCAGCCAGUGGCAGACAGUGUUCUCUGUGUGGGGAGUGGCCCACCAUGCCUCACACCAUUGGCUGCGGGCAUGUCUUCUGUUACUACUGCGUGAAGAGUAGCUUCUUAUUUGACAUGUCCUUCACUUGUCCCAAGUGUGGCACAGAAGUCCAUAGCCUGCAGCCCUUGAAAUCGGGCAUCGAGAUGGCAGAAGUGAGUGUCCCAUAG